AUGCGGUCCACCUCGGCGCUCUACCGCUACGCAUGCGACGAGGAGGGUUGUGUCUCCCACAGUGAGCUGGUGAAGCUGUUUCACGGCAUCGACGUGGCCCUCGACACGGCUGCCGAUGGUGCCACAAACGCCGACGAGAUGACGGCGGCACCGCCACCGCCGGCACUCACCGACAAGAUGCUCCUGGCCUAUGCCCCAAACCUGUGCUUCCCGACUCACCUUACACUGUCGCAGUCAUACCUUGGCGACGCCGGGCUCGCGGCGCUCAUGCGAGUGCUGCCGAUUCUGCGGUGGGUGCGCGCCAUAGAAGCGCGCGGCGUCGGCGCAGGACCUCGCACGAUCGAGGCACUGAGCGCUGCUCUGACAGCGCACUUGGUGGAGGGCUGCGAGGAAGCCGCCGCAUUGCCGACCGUGACGACAACGGGCGAGUCUGGGCGGGGAGCGGAGCCGCUAGCAGGCGGGCGGCUCCCCGCACUGGAGCUGGUGGACCUACGUGACAACGACGGCAUCUACGCCCUCUCCGGCCAGCGGCUUCUCGCAGCCCUCCGCAAGCGGAACUUGAUGCUGCGUGCCUGGUGUGCCGACCACUCCGGCGUGGGCAAUGUCGUACCAGCGCUGGAGGUGCUCGUCGACCUUGACGCACUCCCACCAUCCAUGGCAAAUGCACUGCAUACGUGGAACGAGGAGGCCGCGAACAGAAAACAUCAACUCGUGCUAGACCGCGAGAUGCAUCGAUGGCAAGAACAAGUGAAGGUGUUCACAGUGCGCAGCGCCCUCAGCGAAGCAAUGAAGUGCAGCGACAGCGAUAUGCCUAGCGCUUCCGUUGCUGGGGCGGCGGCUGGGCAGCCUGUCGGCGAACACGUCAUCUUCCGCUUGCCCUCCUUCGCCGACAGCGACUCGCAGAUUGCACAGAUGAUAUUCGAGGUAAACGCGUGCAUGAACGACUUCCUGACCGCGUCGUGCUGCUUCAGCUCGACAAAGGAAGCGACGCAACAGCCCGCCCAUUUGUGCGACUCGUCAUUGCAUGUUCCUCCGCUACCCACCUCGAGUGGCGUGCGCGCUGCGUUGCAGGCGUGCGUCGACUUCGGCGCCGACACGCUCGCCAUCCUGCCGCACACCAACGCUGCCCUCUGGUACGUGGCACGUGUCUGGCAGCUGCAGAAAAAGGAGCAGCAUGCAUCGGCGCGCUCAAGUUGUGCCACCACCGCCAAGGAUGUACAGCUAAACUACUGGGAGGUGAAAGCGAACGUCGCAGCCCUUCUGCGUGGUCUUCAGGCCAACCCAGCCCUCGAAGCGGAGAUGGAGACGUCGACGCAGGCGGGUGGCAUUGUGAUUCAGCGCCACCUGUGCCGCCUGCGACAGCUGUACGUGCAGCUGGACGAGAACAGUGCGCCGCACGAAAAAGAGCUCUGCACCGCGCGAGUGACAGGAGCGGGAGCAACACCGCUGGACGAAAUGGUGGCCCUCUAUUACCGAAUCGUGGCCGCCCUCGUUGCUCGGCGCUUCUCCGAGACCCAUCUCCCCUCGAUGCAAGCGUGCGAGCAGCGCAUCUCGGACGUCACUGGAUACGUGCUCAGCCACCUUCUUGUUGGCGAGGAGUCAUCAGAGGCGCUGGAGGCGCGAAUCGUGUGCCUCCGCAAGCACCUCGACAACUCGAGCGAUCCGGUGACCACGCACGGCGGACAAUCCUCUAACACUUCUGAUGGUGACCACGACAUGCGUGCACUGCCUCCGAUCAUGGCGCGGUGCCUGUAUCACCUCCGGCGCCACCAAGCCGACGCGACAGCGUGGGUGGCGACGUACACGGGAACGGCUGUGGCUCCUCCACAGCUGUCGUCGACGACUGCGCCGACGACCGGGGCUGCCCCCAUCCAGGCAUUCCACUCUUGUCACUGCCCAGACGGGCUUCGACGCCACAUGGACGAGUGCGCCGCACAGACUUCCAGUGCAGAGCUGUCGUCUAUGUUGCUUCCGCUGCCGUGCACCUCCUGCAGCUACCACGCUCUGCAAGCUGCACAAACACACCUGCAAAGGGCAGGGGAGGGGUCGCAAGAGGAGUCUGAGCUGCGUGUGCGAUGGACUAUGUUGGCACCGGUGCGGCGAGCCCUCCCGCGCGAGCUGCGGAUGUUCUUCUUAGACAUGAUGAUUCGCCAGCGCAGUUGCUUGCGUGGUGGAUGUGCAUACCUUCCGUCGUUGGACUCCGUGACGGGUGUUGAUGUGCCCCUGCCGAAGUGUAUGGUGAGCUGGCUGGCAUACACCGAGCACGAGCGCGAGAACUGGGUAAAGGUCCUCCGCGUGUUCGGCGAGUGGUAUCGGCUGCGUUCCCUGGAGUCGUAUGGAAUCGCCGGGGCACGCGCGCUGCUGCACCAGCCGUCCGCGUAG